UUUAACCACCACAACUAAAUUCGCGACUAACAACAUUCAAUAGACUGUUUUACAUAAUACCCCUGCGGACUUUGAGUAUAUUUAUUGUGUUGUCAUUCAGAUUUAUAUGUCCUGUUUGCUGCUGCUUGGUCUCGGGAGACACCGGAAAUGGCUUAGGGCAGAAGGUAACUGCUGCCGGGAGAAGCGGCCAUAAACAGGCAGAUGAAAAUACAGAAAACGCUCACUGACACGGCCCUGCCAGAGAGGGACAGUAUUCUGCUUGAACUAGCAUGGAUGUUGAUGACUGUAAUGGCCGAUCUUACAUAUCAGCUAGUGGAGACUCUUCCAUGGAAAGAGAGUUUUCUGGGGCCCUUGGAGGUCCUACAGUGAGCACCCCAAACAGCAAGGAGACCUCUCCUAGCCGCUCCCUCAGUGCAAACUCCAUUAAAGUGGAGUUGUACAGUGAUGAAGACCCAGGUCGCAGUACUGAAGAUGAAAGGGGGGAGCGGGUAGAAGGAGGGGGGUCAGAGCCAGGAUGUGAGGUUGUUGGCGGCUACAGGGAGCUCACCAAUCCUGAACCCACGCCAACUGGAGCCACCAGGCUGCCAAAUGGAAAGCUCAAGUGUGACGUGUGUGGAAUGAUCUGCAUUGGGCCUAAUGUGCUCAUGGUGCACAAACGCAGCCAUACAGGUGACUGUGAGCGACCAUUCCAGUGCAAUCAGUGUGGUGCGUCCUUCACUCAAAAGGGUAAUCUACUCCGACACAUCAAGCUGCACUCAGGGGAGAAGCCCUUUAAAUGUCCCUUCUGCAACUAUGCCUGUCGGAGACGAGAUGCACUUACUGGCCACCUUCGUACUCAUGCAGUGUCUUCUCCAACUGUUGGGAAACCGUAUAAGUGCAGUUAUUGUGGUCGGAGUUACAAACAGCAGAGCACCUUGGAGGAGCACCGUGAGCGUUGCCACAGUUACGCGCGGAGUCUGGAGUCGCAGCAGCCAUCCAGUGCACAGAAUCCAGGAGAGGAGAUGAAAGAGCUAGAGUUUAUAACAGACUCUGUACUGCAACCCUCUGCAGACAAGAUGACAUUUAUUGAUCGGCUGGCAAACAGCAUCACCAAACGCAAGAGAUCCACACCACAAAAAUUUGUAGGACAAAAGCACAUACGACUCAAUCUUGGAGAUGCACCUUAUGAGCUCAGUGCCGGUUUGGAUAAAGAUGGUGAGAUGCACGUAGAUCUCGAAGCUCAGCACUUUACUGGUCUGGGAGGAGAAUAUACAGGCAUAGCAGGUAAUGGAGGAGGGGUAUCAGACACUCUGAGGCCUCUUCACCUUCCCACCACUCACCCUUCAUGUCUACCAGAACUCCGGCCGAUCCACAGCUCCUCUCACACCCCCAUUGCUUUAGGGCCGAGGCUGGAUUGUUCAGGGACAGUGACUGGGCUGGGAACAGCAGGUUUAGGGGGAAGGGAGGCAGCAGAGGGUCAUGAAGACCUGCCUGUUGGUCGAAGUCAUGCACCUUCACCUAGCAAUGGUUGCCAGGACUCUACAGACACAGAGAGCAUGCCAGAUGAGCCAUGCAACAGUACUGCUGCGACCCCAGUGCUGCACAGUAACAAUGGUCACCACCUCCUCUACUCUAACAACCAUAACCCAGUGCCUCCUCCUGUUGCACACCACAGGUGUCGGGACAGACAUAGUCCCAGCCACGCCAAAGAAAGAGAGGUGGAAAGAGAGGAUGGAGGCCACACAGCCCCACCACCUCCUGCCCUCGCUCCUACUCCCAGCUCACCUGCAGCGCCCUCCUCCACUUCUAGGGAGGCUUUUCGGGUUGUAGAUGGGGAAGGGCGGGCUGUGCGCUCUUUCCGUUGUGAACACUGCCGUGUUCUUUUCCUGGAUCAUGUUAUGUUUACCAUCCAUAUGGGCUGUCACGGUUUCCGCCAGCCUUUUGAGUGCAACAUCUGUGGCCACCGCAGCCAGGAUCGCUAUGAAUUUUCUUCUCACAUCGUCCGUGGAGAGCACAUCCUUGACUGAGGAUAAAGGGUGAACAAUCUAAACCUAUUUUUAACACUCAGGCGAGGACCUGGCAUAGUUUGGUCUGCACACACAUUAAAGGGGAAUGUUUCAAUAAGCAUGUACCAGCAGCAGUAAUAUAAAUUUUGCAUGUGUGUUUCUAAAAUUACGAUUGUGAUCCUUUCUUAAAUGCACCUCGAACAAAAAAUCCAUUUAAAAUACACUUUUAAUUGAAGGUAUUCUAAAGUAGACGAAAAGCUAAUUCACUUUUUCAUCCGGACGUGCCUUGCUCCAAACUUCACACCUGCUGCACAAAUCACAGUAGACAAAUCUGAUUUUCCAUAACAUGAAAAUGUCUCCUCCUUGUGCACUUUACAAUAAUAACAUUUAAAAUGGAAUCUAUUAAGUUUUUAACACCUCUUCAGAUUAACGAUUUCCUAACAAUGACUACUUCUUCUUUUUUUUGAUUGUGAAGUGCAGACCAAACUCAAACACCAGGUCCAAGCUGAAUGGAUAUGAGUACAAGACCUAGAAAUGCACUUUUGGUUCUAAUGGAGGUUUGGCUGACAGGUCUGAGUGUGUGUGUGUGUGUGUGUGUGUGUGUGUCUGUUUGUGAUUGUGUGUAAGAGAAUGUGAGGGACCCCGUGUGUUGUUUUGAAAGUCAGUUGAGUAAAUAGGUGGAAAAUGAAGGCCUUUACUUGUGUGAAUGCCCAAAGAGGCUUUGUGUGAAAUGUUCUUUUUGUUUUUCUAUGACUGCUUUUGUUGCACUGAUAUUUGCCAGAAUACUAUGAAUAUAUUAAACUAUUUUAUAGAAUACAUUAAUGACUGCACAUUUCUCUGAAAUUUGAGGAAAACUGAUUAAAUGUUCUUCUCACUUGGAUAGGAGUAUCACUGCCACAGCUUUAGAGAUUACUCAAGAGGUUAUUGGGUCUUUACCAGUCCCUGACAUUUUCCCUUUCAUCACUUGAUAUCAACUUUCAUCCCUUACUUCCAUGUUUAAACAUAAUUUUAUCUCAUUGUAUUGUGCCUUUCUUCACCCCGUUCACACCUUGUUGACUGGACUGAAGGACACAAAGUCUCAUCUUGAAAGCAUUCAUUUCGGGUGAUUUAUAAAACAAAUGAGGCACUCAAAUUGUUUUUAGACAAGUCUCUGGCUUAUGGCUUUGCAGUUUGCACAUCUGUUUAUCCUAGAUGUUUGUAUUGUGUCGUGUUGGCAAAGAACCAGUUCUGCUAAUUUAUCAAAGACUUAAUGUAACACUGCAUUUGGCUCAUGCUGCUAUGACAUGAAUGAGUGAUGUAGCAGUUUAUAACCCUCCUCCCAAGAAUGUCUGUGUAUUUGUUUUGUUUUUGGACACAUUUCAGACUAAAGAAUCACCAGGCACAGUCUUGGUAAGAUUGUACGGAGAUAAAACAUCAGAAGAAACAGUCACUGUCAGCGUUGAACUUCUGGCUGUUUACGUCGUAAAACAACAUUGAUGUGUUCUUUUAACCGUUAAUAUUUCUCACUGAACACAACUUGAGCACAAUAAGUUGUUCUGUCCAAAAUGUAAUUUGCAAAGUUUACACCACAGAAUUGAGUACAAAAAACUGAUACGUGUUAAUACGCGUUGCGUUUGUAGAUGAGAUUGAUCUCCCGUCAUAAAUUACCUCAAAAGAAAGUUUUGCAUAUUUAUGGAGCGCUGAUAUUCAAAAGGUUUAAAAAUAAAAUAUAUGUGACAAUCAACAAAAUCAUCAACCAACUUAAUCCCAUCAAUGUUUUUUUGAACAAAAUGUCCCCUUUAUAUUUGUCUAAAUGUAGAUGUAUCCCACUUUGAUAAACAUUGCUUUUUAAUUGCAGGUUUAACAGAAACCACUGAUUUAUCCAAGGUUAAUUCUGUCACGUGUUGAAUUAUCAUAUUUUUCAGUAGUGGUCUAAAUGUAUGAAAACUCACCAAAUGAUGUUUUUUUCCUCUGUGGCUAAAGCAAAGAAUCACAGUUUCUCCUCUGUUAAGCACUUUAUAAGAACAGAAUCAUGAAAACUUUUAAUGAUCAUACUAUGUACGUAGUAUGAGCUAUGAUAUUAAAAUUAUCUUGGUUUAGCAGAAGACAUUUACAGAAAAGUCUCCCAAAUUAUAAUUUGGAAUUUCCAUUUGAAAGUAAGUGAAAAUGUUAACCUGAGUUCAGUUUUAUUUCGUUUGACAUUUGGUGAGAAAAGUUGCUGUUAUUUAUCUGUGUACGAGUUUUUGUAAAAGAGGAAAAGUCACUUGUUGGCACAAUGAGAUUCUUUGUCUGUAGUAAUCAGAACCCUUAAAAAAUGAUUAAAACGUCUGUUUGAUAUACAAAAUCAGAUGAUCAUGCCUUAAUGUAUGAACAGACUGUUAGGUCGUGGUAGCUGUCCGUUUGUAAACUAUAAAACACGGAAGCCUGAGAUGUGAUUUUUUCUGCAACCUGAACUAGAAAUCAUGAUGUGACUCAAGUGUAAAUGAUUUGACAACAUUGUUUUAAUUGCAAAUGAAACUGAAAUUAUUGAGUUUACAUGGACAAAAAUGCUUUGAUGCAUCAUGAACACCAUACACCAAACACCAUCUAUUGUGUCGCAACAGUAAAAUUCAUUUUGUUUUUGUCGCUUGCAGAAGACAUUUGAGUUAAGAUGUUCAGGUUUACAUUUCCUGUGAGAUGUUUGAAGACCUACAUAACAUUUCAUUCUGUCUUCAUAUUGGUUCACUUUCAUCAACAGGGUUCGCAGAUGAAUCCUAGAUCUCAAACUAAGACUAGUCUGUCACAGUUGUAUAAUGUUAAACAGUGAAUCUAAGAGGCUGUCAAAGAGUAAUCCAUGUGAUAACAUUUUGGCUUUAAACACUAGGCACCAAACUAAUUCACAGAUUUCGAAAUUCAAAUAAUAUCUGAAUUUGUGAAAGCUUGUCCUAUUAUCAGCUUUUGAUCUUAAACCCACAUGUCUUCAGCAGUAAGAAAAAUAAGGCAUUGGCUUUUUCAUUCAUUCACUUUACAUGGACUGUAUAUUCUGAUUUACAAAACUAAUUCAAGCUUUAGGUGUGAUUAUCUGGUGCAAGUAUUUGGCUGUUGUGCCUUUCGCCUGAGGUCCUGUCUCCAUUUCAUUUCUAUUGGUUUGAAUUCCCAUUUUCUGGCUGCAGCCUUUUUUGGCCAUCUUGGAAUUCUUAUUCUUAAACACUUGUAGAAAACACUUAAUUCACCAGUAAUCAGUGACCUUGGCCACAACCAGAUGACCAUUGAUGCAUCAUUACUUAAAUAAUGUGGGAAGCUAGUAGCCAAAGAUGAGCCAACUUAAAAAAAAAAAAGGUUUCUGUGCACCUGAGCCCAAGGCUAUUAUGUUGAAAUGUAGAGCAGUUUAUGAUGUAGAAUAUUUAUGAGUCCCAGUCCUGAAUUCAACUAACCCCUGUUAAAAUGUGUUUAAGUCAUAGGUUUUGUGCAAAGCAGGUUGAUUUUUCUCCCCUUCAAAAAUUGUGAGUUUGGAUGUAGUGCUAUAUUUCUCUGUGCUACACUGGACAGUAAUGUGCUUGUCAAUCCAAUGCAUGUGGUACCAGUGCUCUUUGCACCUUACCGUGCACCCUUGCUUUCUGAAGGACAACCAAAUAAACUGCUCCAAUUCAAGACUAAAGCAAAAGAAACCAAGCCUAGUUUUGUGGUAUUUUGUGUUUAAAUGUUUUCCUUGUUGCACUAUUUGCUCUCUUUGGUUUUACUGUUCAACAUUCCCCUCCUGUAAAUGGGCUGAUAUUGCUUUAAGUAACUGCAGAGCCUUUUCAAAUGUAUCAUAUGUAAUUAUGCAUUUGCAUAAUCUGAUCUUAAACUACUGUAAAUUUUGUACUGUAAGAGUCUAUUCCAAAUAAAAAAUACUUGACAGGCCUCUUUCCUGUGACAAUACAA